AUGUGUCGAGGCUCCAUUGAAGGGAGCAAAGAAACCGCCUUCAUCUACGCGGUGACUUCUGCAGGAGUCGUCCACGCGGUCACCCAGGCCUGCUCCUCGGGGAACCUCACCGACUGCUCCUGCGACAUGAGCAAGCAGGGCCUGUCCACGCCCGAGGGAUGGAAGUGGGGGGGAUGCAGCGACAACCUCCGCUUCGGCAUCCAGUUCGCUCGGCAGUUCGUCGACGCCCCCGAGAAGGAGCGCCACAAGAAGUUCAAGAGAGUGAGGAACCUGAUGAAUCUACACAACAAUGAAGCUGGCAGGGAGGCAAUUUCAAGACUGAUGAAGAUGCAGUGUCGGUGCCACGGCGUUUCCGGGUCGUGCGAGCUGAAGACUUGCUGGCGGUCGAUCCCCACCUUCUCCGCGGUCGGCGACUACCUGAAGGACAAGUACAACGGCGCCAGGCAGUACAAGCGCAAGAAGAGGAGCCGCAGCUCGCGGAGGCGCGACCGGUCCCGCGGCCGCCGCAAGCGCCGCAGUCGCCGGAACCGCCGUUUCCCCGUCGGCAAGGACGAGCUGGUCCACAUCCACAAAUCCCCGAACUACUGCGUGAAGGAUCCCAAGAAGGGCAUCCUGGGCACCUACGGACGCUACUGCAACAAGACCUCGAGGGGCGCCGACUCGUGCGACCUCCUGUGCUGCGGCCGGGGCUACAACACGCAGGUGGUGCGAUACGUGGAGCGCUGCCACUGCAAAUUCGUGUGGUGUUGCUACGUCAAGUGCAAGACGUGCGUCACCAACGUCGACGUCCACACUUGCAAGUAAUGUUCCGGCAGAGCAUUACUCCAACGGCAAGCAUCCUGUAGUACAUAAGGAAAAAGAUCCGUCAUCGAUAUCAAAAUCUACCCUUCAAGAACAUCCCAAGAAGAGAAGCUGUCUGGAGGUGAAAAGAAGGUGCUUCGCGGAGUCCAUUUUUGUGUCGUCUCUUUCACCUGUCUGCGUCGGAGGACUUCGCCGGGCGCAGGGAGCAGGCGGGGCCAGGAGGGAAGUGUGGUGAUGAGGCGGGACAUGAGAAGUGAAAGGGAAAUGGUGGCGACGUGGAAGAUCCCACUCGCCAUCUCUCUUUGCAGGAUAGAAUCGAAUAAGAAAGAAAAAAAAAACGUAAUUGCGGAGAAACGCUGAUGUUUAAACUUUGAGGCUUAUGAGAUAAAGGUAAUCUGGAGAAAGAGGACAUUUUAUAUAUAUUUUUAUUUACACAUAUAUAUAUAUCUUAGAUGCCGGUGACUCCGAUAUUUGGAUUUUGUUUAUCAUUCUUACAUGUAAGAAUUUCUCUACCGUGUGAAGAAUUAUACUGGAAAGGGAAAUAAUCAGACUGACAAACUUACUGUACAGUAUUUCGCUUUUGUUAUAAGUGUAUUGACACGCGCUAUCCGAGUACCCCUGAGACCUAAGUUGAUAAAAGAAUUACUAAUGUUUUAAUCUUUUAUUAGACAUAGGUCCAGGAAAGAGAGAGAGAAACAAAACAAACAUUUAAAACCAGAGAGUAAGCAUGUAGAUUGAGUCUAAGAAGAGUGCGUAAAUGUAGUUUCUUUUCAAUGGAGAUUAAAAGUUGUGAGAAUUUCACACCAGAUUCCUUAGAAGGAAGAGCACAUUCGUGUAGACGUCUUCAGAAAGAACACUACUCGCUAUGGAAAUGGAACUCCUCAUCUCACACCUUUUUAUGUUCUUAUGUAGAAAGUUUUGCAUAAUAACCAAGCUUCUCAGUAACAAUUGGUAACUUGUUACUAAUUUCCUGGUGAACUUGAAUUUAUUAAAACUUUCCUUCUCUUUUAGAUGGCCAUAGUUGAUAAAAGUACUUAGGAGAAAAUGUUUUAUUGUACAAAUUAGAUUUUUUUCUUUUUGGAAUAAUAUAUUUACAUCUUUCACACCUUACAAUUGUUGGGUAAGGCUUAUAUAGUAGUGGAAAUGUACUGUUUAUUGUAUGUUAUGUUUCUUUUGAAUAUAGAAAAAAUAUAUUUGUGGCAGUCAUUUGGAAGUUGCAAGAUUAAUGCAUCUGUAUAUGGACAGAUUUUUUUCAUGUGGAUGCUUAAUAGUAGAGAUAAAAACCGAAUCAAAUGCAGUAUUGAUCAAAUUAAACGUCCAGACUUAGAGAUUUCUUUUCAUUAAGAUAAUAUUUGAAACAUGUUUGGUGAAUUGUACUGCAAUAAGGUUACAUGUAUGCUACAUAAAGAAUCUUAGCUAUAAUUGGAUAUAUUACCUCAAUAUUUAUGGUGUGUUUUAUGUAUAUAGUGUCUCUUUUCAUUAUCAGUUGUAGUUUCAUAAACUAUGCUGCGUUUGUAUAUAGUGACCUUCUGCUUAAUUUUCUUUUCUUUCUCGUACAUCUUUCAUCAUUAUUUUUUGCCAGAAUCAAAUGUAUUUAGUAAAGGGAUUGACAAAUUCUAGCUUAUUAGCUUAAGGCUUCUUUUGAGAGAGAUUUUAAAAAGAAAAAUUGUAGAUUACCGAGACGCUGCCGUUAGUGUUAGGGAGGGAAGAAUAUCCACCUUUUAGUCUGGCAAAAGACUACAAUAGUCAUCCCUGAACUUGAAUGUAGAUCACCAGAUACAAAAAUAUAGAUAUUUCUUUUUUUCUUCUUGGUGUUAAUAAAGAAAAAUAUCUGUUAUCUUAUCACAAUGAUUUCCCUACGUGUAAUGAUAGAUACCUCACGCUUUUUCGUCCAUAAUAUUUUUUUUAUAAUACCGGAAAAAAUAUAUUUAUUUGUAACUAGUAAAAUGAACAUAUUGGAGCUAAAUGGGGUAUGUUAUCAUUUCCACUUUUGCUUUUCGUGUCGUUUCUUGGUAGGAAGUGAAUCUCUCUUAGACAUUUUGUUAUGUACCUUUUUUCAGAUGCUAUCUUUGUCUGAAUUCAUUGUGGCAGCUUAUGAGAGCAAAUAUAUCAUAAUUGAUACUCAUUUAAAUUCAUUCAUUCUGUGAGCACAGCACAAGCCAGUUUUGCAAAAUUGGUUUUGAAGUCUAGCACAAAUCAUCUGUUUUUUGAAGUGUAUUUUCAUAUACAUAAUAUUGAUGCGUAAUAUUUCACAACCUUCUCAUGCAGCUUAUUUCUUGAAAUAUGAUAUCCACUCUACAACAUUUUUACCUGUUUUUUUUCAAAUGACACUUGUUCCCUAGUAAUUUAUGUGCUAUGCAGAGUUAUAUUUUAAAAACUAUACCAAUGAAAAUAUAGUUCCCAGUGUUUUGGUAUUCUAGAAUCGUACAUGACCAGAUUCAUAGCACGAGGUAGCCAUCCCAUCAAAAGCUAAAAAAAAGGCACCAUUAUAUUUACAGAAUGCUUGUGCUGUGUUCAAAGCAUAUUUUAAGUACCAGUGUUGCCAAACUUGUGAAUAACUCGAUAAUAUAUGUUUGCCAAAUUCACCAUACAUAAAAUGCUGUCGUGAACAUCUACGAAAUCCUAUUCAUAAGAUAUAUUUGUGAUUUAUUUUUGGAAAUGUGUUUUCAUAUCUCCCCACCUACCCCCUCCCCUACCCCAUCCCACCAAAAAAAGGUUACAUAAAGAGGGAUAAUAGCUGAAAAAAAAUUAUCCACGAGGGUUAGAGGAAAGUUGACUUCAAGUUUUAGGUCUGAGUUCGAGUCACUGCAGUAAAAUAUCUUCAUGAAGGACCAAAUAUCUGCUUUCUUCUAAUUAUAGUGGCUAAUUUAUCCUUAUUUUUUAUGAAUAACUGAUGUUCACCUCCGCAACCACACUCUCUGUACAUAGCUGUAUUAUAUAUAUAUUCAUUAAAGCAAGGAUGUAGAAACUCUUAUUCUAAUAGUAUAGGUAAAACUGAACUAUGGGUUGAACUGUAGCUGUUUGCUCUUUCAUUUCUUUAACAUUGGGAGCAUCCAGGUGUAACAUGGAAGAAAACAAACAUCAUGUACUGAACUCUGAAAUUAUGUAUUUGGAUUGUUGAAAUGUGGUAUACCAGUAAUAAGGGGGAAGACACUAUUAGAGCUAAAUUUAAGAAUAUUGGAAGUACAUUGUAUGUGUUUGAUUCAGAUGGGUGUUCUCUGACUUUCUCUGCUCAAAAAUGUUGCUUAUGUCGUUAUCAAAAGUCUUGAUCUGUAUGGCUCAUACUGAAAGAUGCGGUCUUUAACUACAGUUCAGAAUGUUUAGGUAGUCCAUGUUGCGCCACGAGUAUUCAAAUUACACUUUCCCCACCAGAUUUUUUAAAUUAUCUUUUUAACUUAUAAAGAUAAAAACCAGGACUAUUACAAGAAAGGUUUUGACUCCAGUGUCCAUAUCAGCUGGUGGGUGCAUUAAGGCCUUUUCGACUUCUGUUUUGACCUCCUUAAGUUCUCGCCAGCGCAUCACAUAAAGCUUUUUAUCAUCAAACCUCAGUUCAUUCACUGAAGUUUAUUAGAGGUCUCAAUAGAAAGAGAAAUUGGCAGCAUAGAAUGUUAUACUGAGCUCUUCCACAAACAGUUACCUAAGACUGUCAACUUCGGAAUAAUUCUUGGUACCUUUUCUUCUCUUUUUUCUUUUUUUGCUUUGUCAUUUCUUUUAAGUGUCAUGCUAAUUCAACUUCUUGUAUUUGAAAACAGCUUUGUUAAUGGAUAAUAAUGAAUAUAUGUGAAAGUGUUGUCAGUAGGCAUUGUAAUUACAUUGCAUUUAAGUCAGAGAUCACCUAUAGCUGCGCCGUUGUCUUAGUGUGUAAUAGGGUGCUGUAAAACCUUAUCAAAUUGUUUAAUGCUGUUACAUUCUGAUUCCAAAUUUACAAUCAAUAAAUGGGUUCAUCAUAAAGACUUUUUCAUCAGUAAUUCUUACUGCAGGAAUGUCGGUUAGUCAGUCAAUGCAGUCUGUAGUAAUGAAAUUGUGAAUUGUGAAUACAGUUACUUUCGUAUUUUGUAUUGGGUGUUCACCUCGAAUUCCUUAAAUUUCUUGUUUAUCCCCCACUCAAAGAAUGAUUUAUUUAUUGAUUUAUUUUUUAUUAAAAACAAAAAAGUAUACAAAAAUAGAAUAAGAUUAAUAUAUAGUUAAACACUUUCUGUCCUUCUCAUUUUAAUAUGAACGACAAGUUGUCUACAUUGCAGCACUUAUCUAAAGACUAAGACACCUGCCCUCAAUAUUCUAGAUAAAUGGAAAAUACAUUGUAUUGUGGCAAUAAAAUAGCCCUCAUUC